CAUAUGGAGUUAAUGCAGCAAAAAGACAGCGUUAUUCAAAUACAGAAUAGAAACAGACAUAAACUUCUUGAUGAAUUAAAUACAUUGAUCAGUCAAUUAGAUUUAUCUCAUCAACACGUCAAGUCAUUAUUAGAUGGUAAUCUCAGUAGCCCUAAUGGUAUACUGGAUUGUACUGCAGCUGCACAUGUGUUAUUAGACAAACGCAAUGUCAAGCUACAUCCUGCAUUUACCAAGAUGUCUGCAGUUACAGAUCAGCUAAACUUAUUUUCCAAUUUGACAAAAUCAUUUGCUACAAGGUUAUCCAAACAUCUUAAUAGUUUGUUUAUACAGCAGGUAAUAUAAAGACUAUUGAUAUGUGAGGG